AUGCCAGAGGAACAUGAUCAUCAUUUAGUGUUCUCUGAUUUUGUAAACAGUCUCAUCACAAAAAUACGAUCUAUAGAAUGUGAAAACAUUUGCCUCCAGGCAGGAUUGAACUACCGACCUUUGGUUUACAAGACCAACGCUCUACCACUGAGCUAUAAAGGCAGGCCAGAGGAACAUGAUCAUCAUUUAGUGUUCUCUGCUUUUGAAAAGACACAAAUGACAAAAUCCGAAACUGUACGAUCUCAGAACAUUCGCCUGCAGGCAGGAUCUCACAAACGAACCUCUGGUUCACAAGACCAACGCUCUACCUCGUGA